AUGGAGGGAUACAGACUUUGUAGUGUGUGGAUUCCGAGGACACAAGAUACUGACCGUGACGAGAAGAUAAAUGUGAGCAACCGGAGCAAUGGAGCCGGGAGGACCAACUCGGAGUGGAGAGUGGAGAAAAAGGGAAUGAAACCAAGAAGGUUUGGGAAGAAGAUAGAAGUAUUGAGUAGUGAUGCUAGUGAGACAAUGAGAAGAAUUGAAGAAGUGAGUUUCGGUGUUAAGAUUCUUAAGAAAGUCGAAGGAGAGAGUGAGAAAUGA